AUGCAGCAGGGAGGAGGACCAAAUGGAAACCUGUGCCAUUCAGUGUAUGAGAACGUUUGCAGCAUGGAGAAUGUAGCAAGUAUUCGAGGUGCCUUUGAAAAGCCCCAGGGUGCUGUGGCCGGGGUUCACAUUGGCCAAGUCAUCAUGUCCAUCUGCACCAAGCUGCAGAACAAGGAGCAUGUGAUUGAGGCCCUAUGCAAGGCCAACUUUAAGUUCCCUGGCUGCCAGAAUAUCCACUUCUCAGAGAACUGGGACUUUACCAAGUUCAUUGUGGAUGAAUUUGAAGACACGAUGGCUGAGAAGCAGCUUAUCCCAGAUAGCUGUGGGGUCAAGUAUACCCCCAAUCGUGACCCUCCAGACAAGCGGUGGGCCCUGCACUCAUGA